AUGCGGAUGUGCACUUUAUUAUCAAUAGUGACAGAGUCUGCAACCAAGAUAAGAAAAGCGGUCCACUGUAUUGAGUUCCUGGCCGUUGACAGUGAUAGUGACAGUGAUAUUGGGCUGAACAUAAAGCUUUCCAGGUGCGGCCUGAUAGAGGGCUUUCGUCUUCUUUGUGCUGGUCGCAGGACCAACGUUUGUGCAGGAUCUGCUGCCGGCAUAGCACACCAUGUUGAUGGCCCCUCGUUCCUUGAUGAAUCCACACUGACUUUUAGGUACGAGUCCUUGGUCAAGGGGGUUGUAGAAUUUCUUAUAAUUGCGCCUGUCAUCAUAGCAUUUGAUCUCGUCUGCUUUGUUGCUGAUCCAAGCAACCUGCAUCUGACGAUGGUUUUGCUGGACUAUUAUACGAAUGUUGUUGAACGCAUUUUUCCUGGAACCAUCUACUCGCCUACGGGUGUGCUGUUUAGGGGCUUCCUGAUUGAGGCCCGUCUCCAGGACGCCUCUACCGCAGACCCUUAUGGGACCUUCAGCGUGAUUGAUUCCAAUACCCAGACGCAGUGUGGAACGAGUAAUCUGCAAGGCCUUACGCACGUGACAAACAGCAACAAAACGUCUAUAGACUUCAGUUGGACGGCGCCGUCUACUUCCGUCGGGGAUAUCAACUUCCGUUUGACGGUGGUGGAGUCCUACAAUGUGAGUCGCUACUGGUUACGUAUUUUCUCGGACGUCGUCGAGGACUGCUCCCUGCAUGCUGACAAUCCCGGAUGUGACGGUCAGACCACCCCUUCUAGCGACCACUCCACUGGAAGUACUCAGCAUGUGACGUCAACGACAGCGGAUUUACCGACUACAGCCGGGUCUAAAAUACCGUACGACCCUCGAUGCGGUGAGUCUAUUUGCUGUCUCGCGGGAUGUUCGAAUGGUGGAUGCGACUAUCUGGUGUCAUGGCAACCAGCUUCGACCAAUGGAAAUGGAGAUGUCCAGUUUGAUAUCAAAAUGAUGGUGCAACAGACGACCAAUGUAUAUAUAGCCGUUGGCGUCUCGAAAACAGGGAUAAUGCAACAAACAAACAUUGCGGCUUGUGUAAGUAGUAAUGGCACGUCUGUCGACAUUCUUUCGUCGUGGACAGACGACGACUAUGGUAACAUACCAUUUCAAGAUCCGAAGCUAGGCCUUACAUUGAUACGCGGGUCGAUGUCUGGUUCUGAGUUCAGCUGUACGUUCGUCCGUCAGAAGAAUGCAAGCGACUCAAAUUACUACGAUCUGUCUGAACUCAUGUAUAUGGAGAUCGCAUGGGGACCAUAUGAGGGUGAAAUUGAAGAACACUGGGAUGCACCAGUGGUCAGCCUUACAGCAUUCAACUUCUCAAAAGCCUUUGAUGAUCCCGGAUGUGGCGGUCACACAGCGCCUACGUCAACCGAGAGUACGACUUCCAGCAACCCCUCGACCGAAAGUACCCAGCAUGUUACGACUACGACAGCGGAGAUUACUACUACAGCCGGGUCAAAAAUACCAUACGACCCUCGGUGCGGCAAGACAAUUGGCUGUUUCCCAGAAUGCCAGAGUGGGUGUGACUUCUUGGUGUCAUGGCAAUCCGCCUCGACGAAUGGAAACGGGGAUAUCAAGUUUGAUAUCAAGACGAUUGUGGAGAUGACGACAGACGUAUGGAUAGCAGUUGGCCUCUCAAAAACGGGGAAGAUGGAUCAAACGAACGUUGCGGCUUGUGUAACCUCUGAUGGCCAAACUGUCGACAUACUUUCGUCCCAUAACGAAGGCUACGAUAACAUACCAUUCGACGACCCGAAGCUUGGCCUAACAUUGAUGGACGGCUCAUUGUCCGAUUUAAAGUUCAGCUGUUCGUUCGUCCGUCAAAAGAAUGCAACCGACUCAAACUUCUGGGACCUGUCUGAAACCUUGUAUCUUGUGGUGGCAACCGGACCAUUUGAGCAAGGUGCUCUUCAACAACACUGGAAUGACCCGUUGGUCAGCAAUGGCAAGGUCAACUUUUCGGCGGUCUCGGUUCCCGUUGCCGGGAAUACGUCGUCCAGUUUGGCCAUACAGUUACAUGCGUCUCUGAUGGUGAUUGCGUGGGUGUUCUUCUCCAGUGUGGGUGUACUGGUUGCCAGGCACUGCAAGUCUCUCGUCGAAUCCGAGACCAUGUGUGGGGUCAAGUACUGGUUUGUUAUCCACCGCUCGUUUAUGUCGUGUGCUGCCCUUUGUGUGAUUAUUGCCUUCGUUGUCAUUUUCAUCGAAGUUGGCGGUUACAGUCAGGUUGCGCCGGCUCCUGGUAAAGCGUUCACAAAGGCACACCCCAUUCUGGGCAUCAUAGUGACAGCUCUGACUGUGCUUAAUCCCCUUAUGGCGCUGAUUCGGCCUGCUCCCGACGGCCAGUACCGCUUCCAUUUCAACUGGGCCCACUUCCUUGUCGGGACCAGCGGCCACGUGUUGGCUGUUGUUACCAUAUUUAUCGGUGUGAAUAUCACAAAAGCCAACGUGAACAGCAAUGUGGCUAUGUACGUGAUGGGGGCUUACGUCGGUGUGUUUGUAUUAAUACAUCUCGCGAUGGAAAUAUACAACAAGAAACGGAGCUUAGUGAACAACGGUUAUAUGAAGUUUGGUUCAAUCGCCGACAACUCCUCCAUAUCUAAAGCAAAUAACGGGUCCGUUAUAACGUCGGAAUCUGCAAUUAAUCUCCAAAAGCUCGAGUCCGAUCCCCCGUUCUUGCCGCGUGUUCUUGUGAUACAUGUGCUUCUCAUGGCGGCUGCCGCGUUCGUCAUGGUGUAUCUGAUAGUAACAGCAACGCGGUCGGAUAAGUUGUGAUUUCAACAUAUUCCAGCUACUGUAUAUGACCAGCAGAAAUGUUGAUCUGGGAUUAGCUUGGUAUACACGCUUCCACUUAUAUAAAUCGUAGUUAUAUGAAUCUGCAAUUCUACACGACCAUCACCCUGCAAGAUGCGCCAACUCAUGAUUCGUUAUUUUUUUGUGAUGUUCAAGGAGUGCAAGACGCAUUUAACAUGUAGCAUACACAAAAUGCUAUAUUAUGCUGCUAUUUGAAUAUUGAUCGGUUCAGUGCAUCGCCAUUAAACAUGCGGCAACUUUGAGUACGGGUCUUGUUCGUCCAUUCAUCUUAAUGAACAAUAAAUAGUGGCAUGGGAACAACCAUCAAUCCUUUGGCAACACUGAUCUGUGUCAGUGAAACGCCGUCACUCAUCUGAAACAUUGUUAUUGAUACAUGAAAUGUGCUCGGCCAUAAAACUUCGUGCAACAUUGUAAUUCGGUCAGCCAACCGAUGUUACCUUCAUCUCUUUCGACAAUAAAACAUAAUGGUCUAGCACCAUAAAGUAUCCAGGGACAUUGAUCGUACAUUCAUAAAGCAUAUGUCAACGUCAUUUCAACAUAAUAACUUGAUAAUGUGAUUAGCAAAUCAUAGCAAGUGUUAAAAAGUUGCUGUAUUUAUUCUUUUACUAUAGCAAUGUCGAAUGACUUUUGAAUGCAAAUAAUUUAUAUUACGUAAUUUUGUUUCUAACGCGAAUUGAACUUUCCAAGUUUUGACUGUGAUAUAAAAUUUAUGUGACGUUAUGUUUGCAUGAAAAGUCAAUAUGGAUAUACGUGUAUUGUUUAAAACAGGAUCAUGUCUUAUAUUUGUGUAACUACUAUUUAAAUGCAAUCGUGUGAUGUCUGCUUGAUUGCAUAACUUUCAUACUCUAGCCAUGAGUUAAGUAUUUCGGCGUUGCUUAUUCAAUACGACAAUGCCAUACUUAACAACUAUAAUAUUUUUUAACAGCAGAGGCAAUACGUAGUAAAAAAUGAUGACCUCAUUGUAUAUUACUAGUACACAUUUUUUUUAUUUAAUUUUAUAUUACAAGUUUACAUUGUUCACUUCAUUGUAUAUAUCUAGUAAACAGUAUUUACUUCGUUGUAGAUAACUAGUAUAAAUUGUUGAUUGUACGUUAAUAGUAAACAUUAUUAACUAGAUUGUACAUUACUAGCAUACAUUAUUAACUUUAUUGUAAUUACUAGAAUUCAGUUUUGACUUCAUUUUAAAUUACUAAUAUACAUUGAUGACUUAAUUGUAGAUUCCUAGUACACAUUGUUUACUUCAUUGUACAUUACUAGUAAACAUUAUAUUGACUUCAUUGUGUAACAUAACUAGUAUACAUUGUUGACUUCAUUGUACAUUACUUGUAUUCAUUGUUGAUUGCAUUUCACAUUACUAGUAUACAUAAUAAACUUCAUUGCACAUUUCUAGUAUACAUUGUUGACUUCAUGUAUUCAUUGUUGACUUCAAUGUAUAUUACUAGUUUACAUAAUUGACUUCAUUGCACUUAACUAGUAUACAUUAUUGACUUCAUUGUAAAUUACUAGUAUACAUUAUUGACUUCAUUGUAGAUUACUAGUAUUCGUUGUUGUCUUCAUUGUACAUUACUAGUAUACAUUAUUGACUUUAUUGUACAUUACUAGUAUACAUUAUUGACUUCAUUGUACAUUACUAGUAUACAUUAUUGACUUCAUUGUACAUUACUAGUAUACAUUAUUGACUUUAUUGCACAUUACUAGUACUCCUUGUUGACUUGUUUUAGCAUAACAAGCAUAAAUGGUUGACUUGAUUGUACAUGACUAGUAUACUUUAUUGACUUCAUUGUAUAUUACUAGUUUACAUUUUUAAAUUUAUUUUACAUAACUACUAUCCAAUGUUGAUUGCAGAGUUGAUUACUAGUGUACAGGAUUGACGUCAUUGUAGAUUACUAAUAUAUAUUAUUGACUUCUUUGUAGCUUACUAAUAUACAUUGUGUUUGGGGCCAGUUCGGUCAAGGUCAUUCCUACUUUAAAUCAAAACAUGGAUUUCGCACAAUAAUACGAGUGUGGUUUAGGUUUUUACCGUAAUUUUGUAAGUAGAAAGCUACAUUAAUUUUAAUCUUUUUUUCAUUUAAAUACAUGUAAAUGUUUAAAUUGCUUAAAAUCAAGUUUCUUGGCAUGGGCACAUUUGUUGUUUUGACUUAUAAAAUUUGAGCUUUAAAUUCACAUAAACCAUAUAAUUAUCACAAUAUUUAACUUAAAAUAUGUCUUUGUGAUCAUUAAGUCAGAUUACUGACCAACAAAUGUAUAUUAUAUUUUCAAUAAGGGAUAAUAGUUUAGCGUGCUGACUUGCAACAGGUCUUGUUUUAUAAUACUACCGCCUGCUUUAAAAGUGCCUAUGAUGUUUUUAGCAUCCUCCCAAUAAAGAUAAUUGUCCUACCCGCGAGGUUACUCUGCUAGUUUGUAUCAAAUGUACUCUGGACAUAUAAUUUUAUACACCAAAAAUGUGCUCAUACCGGUUAAGUGAAACGACCAAGUAACUUUGUAAGAAUGAACAAACACGCUUGCGUAUUAAUGCAUCUUGAUUGUCACAAUCAAUAUUGUUGUACAAUAUACUAUUAACACGUUUAUAGCAAUGCUAGGCCUCUCGUGCUGUCCAGAGUAGCAGACAAACAAUUGUUUUGGAAAAAAACACCUUUUUAUUUUGCUUGUUGUUUGAAUGGUAGAAUUUUGGAAUGGUAAAAUACACCACUUUCAUCAAGAUUCCAAUAAAUAAUGAUAUCACAUAA